CUUUAACUAAAGUGGUUAAUGUGUCAUCCAUAGUACUUGGUGCUCACAAUGUUUUCAAACACGCCGUUGAAAACCCUGAAUGUUCCAGUUAUCACCUCACUUCCUGCACAGAGUUUAGUAAUUCAGGUUUUCGGAUCUUUUCGGGCGACGGGACCUGGUGCUGUUUAAAAACCCUGUUUAGAAAUCUUCGGACCGCAGGCCCUGAUACAGUCGAGGCCAUGGCAGACUUUUCGCUUGCUGAUGCAAUCCCAGAUGAUGUUUCUAGUGCAGCAUCGAAAACUAAGCACAGCAGUCCAUCAGCUCCUGGAAAUGGGGCUCCACCACCCACUAAUCCUGGCUGGCCUGGUGCGGCCCCUGGUGGCCCUCAUUUCCCAUCCUCAGGAGGCCCUGCCCAACCAACAGCACCUGGCUUCCCUCAGACUGGGCCGUCUGCCCCAGGUUCCUUUCCAACAGGCCCAGGAGCUCCAGGCCAGUUUCCUGGAGCCCCUGCUGCCCCAGGUGGAUACCCUCCAGGACCGGGUGUACCUGGACAGUUCCCCUCCAACCCUGGAGCUCCCGGACAGUUCCCCUCGAUGCCAGGUCAGUUCCCACCAGGUGGGGCACCCAUGCCAUACCCCGUUCCUGGACAGUUCCCCUCCCCACCUGGGGCUCCACAGGGCCCAUAUCCAAAUGUGCCUUUCCCACCUGGUCCAUCUGGGCCUGGCAUGUACAGCCCAGGAGGCCCUGGUGCCUUUCCACCAGAUGGAGGCCCAGGAUAUGGAGGAGGAAUGUUUCCCCCAGUUCCACCAGGUUCCUGGGGUACACCCGGAGGGGGCUUCCCUCCUCAACCUGGCCCUCCAGGAGGCUUCGGUCCAGGGCCUAUGGGACCAUACGGAGGACCUGCAGCUCCAGGUGGAAUGCUGCCAUUGCCGUAUGAUCUUCCGCUGCAUGCAGGGAUAAUGCCCCGUCUCCUGAUUACGAUAGUGGGAGAGCCAGUACCAGGAGGAAACAGAUUCCAUGUAGAUUUUGUGAGGGGGCAUGAUGUGGUUUUCCAUUUCAACCCUCGUUUCCAUGAGAACACCAUCGUACGGAACACACAGUUUGGGGGCUGCUGGGGUCCUGAGGAGAGGGAGGGAGGCUUUCCCUUCAUGCAGGGCAGACAGUUUGAGCUGAAGAUCCUGGUGGAGACAGACGGGUUUAAAGUGGCCGUGGAUGGCAUGCAUCUGCUGGAGUUUGAGCACAGAACAGGCGGGAUGGAGGAUGUCACUCGCCUGCACAUAGAGGGAGACCUCAUUCUGUUCAGUGCAGCCCCCAGCAUGAUCUAAAACCCACGGGCAUAGGAGCGAUUUGACAAUGCUGAGGUGACAUAUUAAGUCAUUGGUUCUUGAAAAGUAUAGAUUAUCUCCAAAAAAGUGUGCAGAACAGAAAGUUAUAAUGAUAUAUUUGUUAUCUGCCUCUGCAGAUUAGUCAAACUCAAACACAUGAUCUAAACAAAUGAAAUGCAGAUGUAGAGAAAGAUCCGGCCCCUCUGAGAGGUCACCAGGAUACUGAUAUCACUGAUAUGUCUAAAGUACUAUAACGUUCUGUUUUUCCUGUCAAAAUGCAUUUUGCUAGUUACUCUUUAGCAUGUAAAACAAAUUUUGUAAAAACACCUAUUGUAUGAGCUUCAGUAUUAGGUACAAUACCAAGGCCCAUGAGGGGUCAUAAACUCUAAUUCAGGAAACUACAGACCAGAGCUGUGACACUGUGCUGAAUCACAUCAGCUCUGAAUGGCUGACAAUUAUUUUAUUUAGUAUGGAUAUUGGAAAAUUUUCAUUAUUUUCAAUAAAACCAUAUUGAUGACACGAUUGUGAUAAUGGAGAUAAGCAAACAAUUAUGUCCGAAUAAAUGCUGUGCUACCCCAAA